CAUUGUCCAUUGUAUUUGUUUAUGGUAUACUAACCAUGGCGGGUCACGUAGGUGGCGGUGCUUUUACUAAUGAAAAUAUACAAAGAUAUAACAAUGAAAGACGAAGUAGUAAACAGUGGGUUAAACUUAAUGUUGGCGGUACAUAUUUUCUUACAACCAAAACUACUUUGUCUAGGGACACUAACUCAUUUUUGUAUCGAUUAGUACAAGAAGACAGUGACUUAAUUUCAGAUAGGGAUGAAACUGGAGCUUAUUUAAUAGAUAGAGAUCCUACGUAUUUCUCUCCAGUACUCAAUUACUUACGGCACGGAAAGUUGGUCAUCAACAAUGACAUUGCUGAAGAGGGGGUUUUAGAAGAAGCAGAAUUUUAUAAUAUAACAGAGCUUAUUAAGUUAGUAAAAGAACGAAUAUCUCAAAGAGAAACAGGACCUUCGAAAGACUCCAAAAAUCACGUGUACAGAGUCUUACAAUUUCACGAAGAAGAGUUGACGCAAAUGGUUUCUUCUAUGUCUGAUGGUUGGAAAUUUGAACAAUUGAUAAAUAUUGGAUCUCAAUAUAAUUAUGGUAGUGAAGACCAUGCUGAAUUCCUGUGUGUGGUUAGCAGAGAAUGUGGUAACAAUCCAAAUAGCAAUGACAUAGAACCUACAGAUCGCGCAAUGGUUCUGCAACAAAAGGGCUCAAGAAUUUGAAAUUACACUUGAAGUAUCAAUACUGUAAGUGAUAAUUAAGACAUUUUAAGUGAAAUGUUGUACAUAAUAUUGCAUGAAGUUAUGUGAAAGUGUUUACAAUUCUUUAACUUUAAGUAUGCAUUGCAUAAAUUCAGUUAUAUGAUUUUACAGCUUCUUAUAUAAGUUAAUUCUGCCAAAGUGAUGAAUGAUAUUGUCUUCUCAAUCUUAUUAUCCGCCAAAUACUCAGUUUCUACAAAGCUUAACAUAUAUUGUAUGUAAAAUAGACGAAUAUUACUACAAUUGUUUACAGUAAAAUGCUGUAUUUAAAAUAAUGUUUAUGGGUGUAUGUUCUUUGGAUGAUCAAACAUGUUUGCUUGGUUUUCUGAUUAAUGAUUCUUAUUAUAAAACAGAUAAGAAAUAUCUCCAUAUUUAAAAUAAAAUAUGACUGAUAUUAUUGUUACUUGCUGAGAAAGAUAUAUUUCAUAAUUUAUAUAAUAGAGAUAUUCCAGUGAAUAAAAUCAUUGCUCAAAGAGAUUUCAACCAAGUCUAAUGUUUAGUACAGAUACAUGCCCUUCAAUGUUUUGGAUUACAAUAUUUUUGUAUAUUAAGGUUUUGUUUAUAACUUAAAUAAAAGACACUGCCUCUGUAAAACAUUAUAAUACGUGUUUGAUGUACUUAUACUAUAAUUUGACCCAAUAAACAUAGCAAACAAAAGAGUAGGUUUAUCUUUAAUGUGUGUAAUUUCAAAGUGCCUCCUUGUUAAAUACCAUAGCAUCUUUGUUUAUCUGUAUUUUAGACCUAAAAUUUAAAUUAUAAUUAAUGUGAGUCAUUACUUAAACACUAAGAGACUUAAUAAAGACACCUUGUUAAGCCUCUUAAAAAUACAAAUUGUAACUAGGUGGUAGUUAUUAU